AUGCUGCGUCUGGCUGCUUUUGCAGCACUGCUGCUGUUCUUCAGAGUCAGUCUGGAGCUGUCCUGGGCCCAGGCCAUCCCCGCUCUCUUCAUCUUCUACCUGGGAUCCGGCGGAUGGGACUUCUUCCUCAUAUUCAUCAAGACAAUACGAAGGGACGUCACCACGGGGCUGGUCCUGUUGCGGGUGAAGUGGCAGGUAUGGAGGCACUUGAGGGAGAAGAACACAAUUGCCAAGAUCUUCCAGAAGACUGCGAGCAAGUAUCCGGAGAAGACGGCGCUGAUUUUCCAAGGCACAGGCGAGAGCUGGACGUUCCGGCAGCUGGAUGAGUACUCCAACCGGGUGGCCAAUUUUUUCCACGGCCAAGGCUUCCGCUCUGGUGACGUGGUGGCUCUUUUCAUGGAGUCCCGCAAUCAGUACGUGGGGCUGUGGCUCGGCUUGGCCAAGAUUGGGGUGGAGACAGCCCUUGUGAAUUCCCACCUGCGCAUGGAGGCCUUGCUGCACUGCAUCACCAUCUCCAACUCCAAGGCUGUGGUUUUUGGGGUGGAGAUGAUGGAAGCAAUGCAGGAAGUGCAGCCCUCCCUGAAGAAAUCUAUCUAUCUCUUCUGGUCUGGGGAAGGAAACCCUGAGUCCAUGCUUCCUGAUGCAAAACACCUGGACCCCCUCCUGCAGAUGGCCCAGCGGCACCAGCCAAUCCCCCCUGAUAAGGGCUUUCUUGAUAAACUCUUCUACAUCUACACCUCUGGCACGACGGGGCUGCCCAAGGCUGCCAUUGUGGUGAACUGCCGGUACUUCCGCAUGUCCAGCUUAGUUUUUUAUGGUUUUCGCAUGAGGCCUGAUGAUGUGAUGUAUGACUGCCUCCCACUCUACCAUGCUGCAGGGAACAUCGUGGGAGUUGGGCAGUGCCUGCUGCAGGGCAUGACGAUUGUCAUCCGCAAGAAGUUCUCAGCCUCGCACUUUUGGGAGGACUGCGUGAAAUACAACUGCACGCCGUACCAGGAGGUGGAGCGGCAGCACCGGGUGCGCAUGGCGCUGGGCAACGGGCUGCGUGCCUCCAUCUGGCGGGAGUUCAUGGCUCGCUUCGGCAUCGCCCAGGUGGCCGAGUUCUAUGGGGCCACUGAGUGCAACUGCAGCCUGGGAAACUUCGACAACAAUGUUGGGUCGUGCGGCUUCAACAGCAGGAUCCUACCAGGGGUGUAUCCCAUUAGCUUGGUGCGGGUGGAUGAAGACACCAUGGAGCUGAUCCGGGGGCCGGAUGGUGUCUGUAUCCACUGCAAACCAGGGGAGCCGGGGCAGCUGGUGGGCCGCAUUGUCAAGAGCAAUCCCUUGCAGCACUUUGACGGCUACCUGAAUCAGUCAGCCACCAGCAAGAAGAUCGCCAGGGACGUGUUUACAAAAGGGGACGCUGCCUAUCUCACAGGAGAUGUCCUGGUGAUGGACAAAUAUGGUUACAUGUACUUCCGGGACCGCACUGGGGACACAUUCCGCUGGAAGGGGGAGAAUGUCUCCACCACAGAGGUGGAGGGGACGCUGAGCCGCAUCCUCAACCUGACGGACGUGGUGGUUUAUGGGGUGGAGAUCCCAGGGAUAGAAGGGAAGGCAGGAAUGGCAGCCAUCGCCGACCCGGAAAACUCCUGUGACCUAGAAGGCUUUGCCAGGGAGCUGAAAAAGGCCCUGCCAUUGUACGCACGGCCCGUCUUCCUGCGGUUCCUGCACGAAGUCUCCAAGACAAGCACUUACAAGUUCCAGAAGAUGGAGCUGCGGAAGCAGGGCUUUGACCCCGCGCUGGUGAAGGACAGAUUGUACUUCCUGGACGCCAGGGAAGGCCGCUACCUGCCGUUGGACCAG